CUUCAGACGGAGCAGCUUCCUCUGAGUGAGUCCAGCUGCAGGACAGAAAGGUGGAGAACUCCAACACUGCUGCUUCAAGCUGCUGACGCUCCACACACUGGAUCAGAGGAGGGAGGGGAGCCGGGACUGACUGUGCUUCCUGCUUCCAGCUUCACUCUGAGACUCGAUGGCUUCCAGAUCAGAGGAGGAUCUCUGCUGUCCCGUCUGUCAGGACGUCUUCAGAGAUCCUGUUCUUCUGUCAUGUAGCCACAGCUUCUGUAAAGACUGUCUGAACAGCUGCUGGAGAGACAAACCAACACACGAGUGUCCAGUCUGUAAGAAAAUAUCAAUGUAUGAUCCUCCUUGUAACCUCGCUUUGAAGAACCUCUGUGAGUCGUUCCUACAGGAGAGAGAUCGGAAAGCCUCAGAGGAUCUCUGCAGUCUGCACUCUGAGACACUCAAUCUGUUCUGUGUGGACCAUCAGGAGCCAGUGUGUGUGGUCUGUGGGACCUCAGAUAAACACACCAACCACACAUUCAGACCCAUCGAUAAAGCUGCAGAACAACUCAAGAAGGAGCUUCAGGAAAGUCUGGAGCCCUUAAAGGAGAAGUUAACAUUUUAUGAAGAAGUUCAAGUGAAGUUUGAUCAAACAGCAGAACACAUUAAGGUCCAGGCCCGACACACAGAGAGGCAGAUUAAGGAGCAGUUUAAGAAGCUUCACCAGUUUCUAGCAGAGGAAGAGGAGGCCAGGCUGGCUGCACUGAGGGAGGAAGAGGAGCAGAAGAGUAGGAUGAUGAAGGAGAGGAUGGAGGCUCUGAGCAGAGAGAUAGCAGCUCUUUCACACACAGUCAGAGCCACAGAGGAGGAGCUGAGAGCUGAAGACGUCUCAUUCCUGCACAGCUACAAGGCUGCAGUGGAAAGAGUCCAGCACUGCCUCCUGCUGGAUGAUCCACAGCUGCCCUCAGGAGCUCUGAUAGACCAGGCCAAACACCUGGGCAACCUGACCUUCAACAUCUGGAACACCAUGAAGGACAUGGUCUCCUAUACUCCUUUGAUUCUGGAUCCAAACACUGCUCAUCCAGGACUCAUCCUGUCUGAAGAUCUGACCAGCGUGAGAGUAGGAGAGAUGCAGCAGCUUCCUGAUAAUCCAGAGAGGUUUGAUCAUCUCUACUUUGUCCUCAGUUCUAAGGGUUUUGACUCAGGGAAACAUACUUGGGAUGUUGAGGUUGGAGAGAGCACACGCUGGUCACUGGGUGUGUUAGCAGAGUCUGUCCAGAAGAAGAGAAAGAAACAGCUUGGACUGUGGGGCCUGGGAUUCAGUAAAGGUCAGUACUAUGCAGGUUCAUUAGCAGAGGCAGAAGCUGUUCUCCCAGUGCAGAAGAAGCUCCAGAGGAUCCGAGUAAGUCUGGACUUGAACAGAGGAAAGCUGUCCUUCUCUGAUCCUGAUACUGACAAACACAUAUACACCUUCACACACACUUUCACUGAGAAGGUGUUUCCAUUCAUUGCUAAUGUGGUUAAAUUCCCAGUUAUGCUAUUACCAGCCAAGGUGUCAGUGUCAGUGAAGCAGAACAGUUAGAAACAAACAGGAAAAUCAUACCUGAAGGUAAAAGUCAGUGAAUUUAACCUGCUGAAGUGCAAACGUAACUGAUCCAAAGUUCUUUUCUUGAGUUUUUCUCUUUGAUUCUUUCUGUUGGAGCUUUUCAUGUGUAAAAUCUGAGAUUGAAUUAUUGAUUCUGAUGAGAAUUUAAACAGAGAAGCAUUAUU